AUGGUCAAAUUCUACUCCACCUCGUAUAGCUACGACUACUCUUUUCCUGCCGUCUCGCUGGCCUACUUUNUGCGCUACCCAAAUCCAUACAGCACCCACGUGCUCUCGACCGAUGUUAUCUCGCGCGAAUAUGAUCCCGAAUCCCAACGUCUGACGACCGUUCGUCUACACUUGAAGAAGAGCAAACUCCCUCCAGCCGUCCUCAAGCUCCUGCCGCGGAGCAUCAUGGGUGGAGCCGAGAACGGCGACAGCCAGGCUUAUAUCCUCGAAACAACCGUUGUCGAUGUCAAGGAAGGCCGCAUGGAGGCUGAAAGUCGCAAUCUCGAAUGGACCGGUGUUCUGAGCGUCAUUGAAAAGCAAGUCUUCCGUCGACAAGCCUUCGACUCCCAGCCGAAACCCUCUACCGCCGCCGACCUCUACAGCCAACAAACAUCUCAGAAGACGGAUGUCACGACCACAGUCAUAUUGCAAUCACGGAUUGGCGAGAACAUUCGUCGUAGAAAGGCACAAAGGCAGGCUGAAGCUGAAGCCUCCGAAGAAGAGGCACCAGCCAAGCUUGGCUUCUUCAAGUCGUUGGCAGCUAGUCCCAUGCAGCGAUCUAUCGAAGUCAUUGGGCUACGCCGCGCUGAAAAAUCACAGCCCAAAGCAAAAGAGGGCAUGAAGGUAGUGCUCGAGCGACUACGACAGGGCGGAUUGGUCGCUGUGCUCGAAGGCAUGCGUCAAGAUCGUGAGCUCAUGUUCGCCGGCGGGCAGGCUUGA